GAACCAAAUGCGGAUGACACAAUGGAACUUCUCAGGAAAUUGCACAACAUGGAAGAUGAAAUCAAGGAGGAACUCAGUGCAUCUGAAAAGCCGAGUCCUGAAGUGUUGAAAGCGAUGAAGGAUUACGCAAAAACGGUACAAAAUCAGGAGGGUGGUUCAAUCCCGGAAAUCAAUGGACGCAAUAAGGUCGGCUCGGCGCUAUUCCAAGGAGACAUGAUUCUCACUAAGUUCGAACUUCGCCCAUAG